UUUGGCCGAGUCAGCCGGUUGAAGCUCCAACAGGCGCUGACUGACUCCUGUUUACGUUUUUUCUUUUUUUUCCUCUCCUGCUCGUUUGCUCACCUGCAGCAGGCAGCUGACAGGCAGCGGGACCAUCAGGACACUGCGGCCGCGAAUGAGCAUCCCGGGGCGGCGUCAGAGACAGAGAGCCGGCGGCCACGGUGCACGGUGACGGUGCUCUUCCUCCUUCUGUCUGCACGUUUGACUUUGAAGGAGCUGCUGGGUUCAUCUGACAGCCUCAGGACGCAGACAUGAGUGGGAGAGUGGGAGACCUGAGUCCUAAACAGGCUGAAGCUCUGGAGCAGUUUCGAGCGAGGAUACAAGAUAUUCUUCCUCAGCUUCCUGCGCAGCACGACCACUUUCUGCUACGAUGGCUCCGAGCCAGAAACUUCAACGUCCAGAAGUCUGAGGCCAUGCUGAGAAAGCAUUUGGAGUUCAGGAAACACAUGAAAGUAGACACAAUCAUCACUGAAUGGCGUGCACCAGAGGUGAUAGAGAAGUAUCUGUCAGGAGGGAUGUGUGGCCACGACCGUGAAGGCAGCCCCAUCUGGUACGACGUCAUCGGACCUGUGGACCCCAAAGGCCUCUUUUUGUCGGCCUCCAAGCAAGACUUCAUCAAGUCCAAGAUCAGGGACUGUGAGAUGCUGCAGAAGGAGUGUAACCUCCAGUCGGAGAGACUGGGGAGGAACGUGGAGUCAAUCACUAUGAUCUACGAUGUUGAAGGUCUCGGUCUUAAACACUUAUGGAAGCCUGCGAUAGAAACAUACGGAGAGAUCCUCCAGAUGUUUGAAGACAACUACCCAGAAGGCCUGAAGAGACUGUUUGUUAUUAAAGCCCCCAAACUCUUUCCAGUGGCCUACAACCUCGUCAAACACUUCCUGAGUGAGAACACGCGACAAAAGAUCUACAUCCUGGGAGCGAACUGGCAGGAGGUUUUACUGAAGUACAUCGAUGCAGAGGAGCUGCCGGCGUAUUACGGGGGUAAACUGACGGAUCCUGAUGGAGAUCCUCGCUGUCGGACCAGGAUAAACCAUGUUGGACCAGUUCCUCCCUCCUACUACGUGCGGGAUCAUGUAAACGUGGAUUACGAGCAGUGUACCACCGUCAGUCGAGGUUCGUCCCAGCAGCUGGACUAUGAGAUCUUAUUUCCAGGCUGCGUCCUCAGGUGGCAGUUUUCCAGUGAGGGUGCAGACAUCGGCUUCGGCGUGUUUCUAAAGGCUAAAAAGGGCGAAUGGAAGAAGGCUGCUCAGAUGGAGGAAGUCGUCCCCAGCCAGAGAUACAACGCCCACCUCGUCCCCGAGGACGGGUCGCUGACCUGCGAGCGUCCAGGAGUCUAUGUGCUGAGAUUUGACAACACCUACAGCAUCUUUCAGGCCAAACGGAUCAGCUUCACGGUGGAGGUUCUGCUUCCCGACCGGAUGCAGUCUCCGCAGAGCAACGGGAAGCCGAGCAGCCCCGUCCAGGCCGAGGGCAGCAGCAGCAGCAGCCCGACGCAAUGAGGAGGAUGGUUUAAAACUUCCAUGUUGUCAGAUCAGAAGCACAGCCUGACCUACCUGAGCUAAACAGGGACACGCUGCCUGUCUAACAGUAUUAUACCGGAACGUUCCAGGACCCUUUAAAUGUCUUUAAGGACCUUCUCCUCACUCAUCCUCCACUGAAAAACAGACAGAGCUUCACAUGUUGUUCUAUCGUGACAUUUUACUUUGUGUUUUUCUAUAGAAAGACAGAGUGUUUGAGAACGACCACCAACUUUAUCAGGUUGGCUCAUGUUUAAAUCAAGUGUAAAGUAGGCGACAGCAAGAAAUAAAACAUUUCAAAUAAACUCCUUCACGCUGUCCAACUUGCAAAAAUACAUUUAUUCAGUGGAGGAAAUGUGUUGUCAUUAUAAACACGAGUACAACGAAACUCUGUUUGGCUCUUGUCUGAUAAUUAAAAAGAACAAUUAGCUGCUAAUAAAGCACAGAUCAGUUAAAAUACACAGACUGACUAAGAGCAGCAGCAGAAUAAAUAAAUAUAAGCAGCAGAAUAAAGUAAAUAAAAACAGAAGAUUGAUAGUUUUUGCUGGCUGUUCUAAUAUAUUUAUACAAAAUGCAGCCACACCUGUAGCUCACGCACCAAAGUAAUGCGAAUAAAUGCAAGUUAGACGGAGUGCAGGAGUCCGUUUGAAACCUUUUCAUUUGUUUUGUCUCUCCUCUGCACACCCGACUCAUGAAACAGACAUGCAGAGAGUCUUCUGUCUCAUUUGUACAAAGCAAAAGAUGAUUAUUUUCUAUAGAUGUGCAGCAGAAACAUUUGCAAAUGGCCUCUCUUAUGACAAUCAAACAAUAAACCUGCCUAAGAAUUCAUUUAUAUGGUAACAAAAUGCUGAAAUGUGCAUCAUGUAAAAGCAAAUCUGCUGUUUUGUAUAUACAGCAAACAAUGUUUUUCAUGUUAUUAACCAGCUGUGUGUUACUAUCGACCAUCUUUUUCUUCCUGGAAUAUCGACCACUCACUUACACCAACAUGUGGAGUCAUUAGUAAUGAGCUGUGAAACUCCUUUUGUGCCUGUAUUAGGACGUUGGUGGUUUCUGUCCAUGUUUAAGCCACAAAACUUUCACAUUUGCAGAUCCUAACAUAUUUAUUUCCUAAUUUAUUGACAGCAAACACUGGGUGAAACAAGAUAGAACUAUUUAUACAAACAUGGUGAAGCUUGUGUCAGAGUUUUUCAGUCACAGUUGGUUUUAGGUAAGAAGCAUUUACAUUUCAGUGAGUAUUACAUGUCGUCAAGUCACUGGCAGUGAAAGAAACUGGUUUCUGCUGAAAGUCUCACCAGACAAGUGCUGAAUGUAGAUUUUGGCCAAAUGAUGGAUUCACUCUAUAUUCUUAUUUAUGUGAAUUGUAACAGAACCCCAACAACUUAUGAAGUUAUGAUAUUACAGAGAGAUGAUAUUACAGAGAGAACAAUAUUUUACAUAAUGAACUGUACUGAGAAGAAUAUUUCCUGUUAUGAUGAAGGUUGGACCAACGUAUAUUGUAAAGAAAUAAAAAUAGAUUUUAAACAAAACUUAAAA